AUGAAGCGUGCGUUGUAUUUGUGUUUGUUGCUUCUUGGACUUCAAGUCCAGGGUGAACGGAAGUCCAACCUCGAUAAUGAACAACAGCAACAAAAAAUACCCCAUUCCCCAGAAGAUCAUUCCCACACUGAAGGUGAAAACUCGGCUCAUGUCAAGAUAGCCCCCAGCAAUGUUGACUUCGCAUUUAGGUUUUACAAGCAGGUCAGAGAGGAGGCGGGCAACAAAAACAUUUUCUUCUCUCCUUUGAGCAUCUCCACUGCCUUUGCAAUGCUCUCCCUGGGGGCCAGGUCAAACACGCUCAGUCAGCUGCACAAAGGCCUCGCCUUCAACCUGACAGAGAUGGAAGAGCAGGAGAUCCAUGAGGGAUUUCAGCGUGUCCUUCAGCUGCUGAACGACCCUCACAGAGAAGUCCAGUUGAGCAUGGGUAAUGCCCUGUUUGUAGAUGACCGACUGAAAGUUCUCCAAAAAUUUUCUGAUGAUGUCACAAAUUUUUAUUAUUCUGAAGCUAUUUCUAGUAACUUUCAGAAUUCUUCAAAGGCUACAAAGGAAAUCAAUAACUACAUAGAAACAAAAACCCAUGGAAAAAUUGUUGAUUUACUUCAAAGUCUUGGUCCAGGCACUGUGAUGGUUCUGGUUAACUACAUUUUCUUUAAAGGCUACUGGGAAACACCUUUCAACGAAUUGAACACCAGAGACGAUGACUUCUGGUUGAAUGCCAAGAAUUCUGUUAAGGUCAAAAUGAUGCAUCAAAACAAGCACUUUAAUAUCCACAGGGAUGAGAAGUUUUCUUGCUGGGUAGUAGAAAUCCCCUACAAAGGAAAUGCUGUUGCAUUGUUUGUUCUGCCUGACGAAGGGACAAUGAAGCAGGUGGAGGAUGCUCUGAUAAAAGAAACAGUGUCUAACUGGAUGCAAUCACUUGAAAAAAGGAAAAUCUACCUGGACCUUCCAAAAUUCUCUAUCUCUGCCUUCUAUGAUAUUAAAAGCCUGUUAGAGAAAAUGGGUGUGACAGAGGUGUUCAGCGACCAGGCUGAUCUCUCUGGAGUGGCCGGGAAAACUGGUCUGACGGUUUCCAAAGCAAUUCACAAGGCCGUGGUGGAUGUUAGGGAGAACGGCACAGAGGCUGCUGCAGCGACCGUGGUAGAACUGAUGCUAAUGUCUGCAGGACCUGCUUCUCCUCCUCCUCUUCAUAUCAAAUUCAAUAGGUCCUUCCUGAUGAUGAUUAUUGACAAAACCACCCUCAACAUCCUCUUCAUGGGGAAAAUUGUGAACCCAGUUGCCAAGGAAGACUAG